AUGGGUGUGGUCGAGGGAGAUAUCGAUUCGAAUUACCUCCUCGAGAAGGGGCAGACUACAACGCCCAACAACAAACCACAAUGUUCGCUCAUAACCUCCAUCAGGCAGACUAUUCACGAAUACCGAGAAGACAGAGAGGAGAAAUAUCGCCCAUUAAUCGAGGAGAUCCGUGGGCUCAUCACUAAGGAUCACAUAGAGGUCAAGCGCUGGAAGCCGAGAAGUUGGGCUGGGUCCACAUCCACGAAACAGAGACGCGCACUCUGGGAGGAGGCUCAGAACUCCAGCACGGUGAAUCAUGGUGGCUAUACGUUCAGCAAGAGCCACAAGUACAAGAUUACUGUAAAAAGCCGCAAUACUGGUUCGACGACCUCUCUCAUACAAGAUUUUCGCACCCCAGAGGGACGUGAGCAGGCUUUCAUGUGGUGGAAUGAAAGACACCAAGGAGAGAAUAAAACCCAUGCCGCUCUUCUCGCCGGAUACGACAAGUGGGAGAAGACCUACCAGAAUUACAUCCACGAGUAUCGUAGCGCGCAACGAUGGUUCCUUAUAGUGGAAGCUCCCAAGACAAUGUGGGCCGAUUUCAGGGUGGAAGCGCUUACAAAAUGA